AAAAAAAUGGGAAUACAGAAACAUCCUGCUUACCAAAAUGUUUCAGAAUUGCCAGUAAGUGUUUGAAUUUGGACCUUAGGAGAUGAAAAUGCAUUACCAGAAGAGAGGUAAAAAAAAAAAAAAAUUGCUUACUUGAACAUGUCUCAUACUCUUUAAUUUGGACUCUUAAGUAUAUACUAUUUUGCAAGUAACACAAAAAUCAUUAUAGAAUUGGAUACACCAGGAUUUAUUGUCAGCAGAUGCAGUAAAUUCUAGUGACCAUCUUGAGAAUAAUGUGGUAUAGGUCUGGUGAUGUUUAGCUCAAGUUAACGAAAUUUCCAAAGUCUCUAACUUCCUUGACUAGGCAAAGGGGUGUGCUUUGGGCUUUAUGUCUUGGAGGUUGAAUAUAUUUUAAUUCAAAUCAGUGUCCUGUGGAAAAAAAAAUGCAAAAGGAAAGCAUAUGGUCAGAGGACUCCAGCCGUUCCUGAUAAGGUGGUAAAAUGGCAUAUUCAGGAACUGCUCAAGACAAGGAUCUGAGUGCUUUGUGUCCCCAGUGUUCAGCAUCUACCUCCUCAGUUUUGUGCAUCUACCUUGUCCCUCCUGCUGUGCAGAGACCUGUUUGUAUCCCAGCCCUUGGAAUGCUCCUGUGCCUUCUGUAUUGCCUGCCUUUUUCAGCUGGGGACAGAAGCCCUCCAGAACCUGCCAGAUCAGUUGGGGACUUCCAGGACCUGGGGAAGAAAAUUCUGGGAACAGGAGUUUUUUCCACCAGAGUAUGAGGUUGUGGGAACGAUGGAAGCAGCAGUUGGAACUGCAUUUUGGAAGCAGCAGUUUCAGUAUCUUCUUGGAAGGAACAGUGCAGGGGAGAUCCAGCUGUAUUGUAACGGAGAGAAAUGAGGGGCUGGGAGCUGAGUGGUGAGAGUUUGGAGCACCAAGAAGAGUUUCCAUGCAGUUGCAGAAGAAAUUGAGAAGAGACAGGUGAGAGGGACCUCAGCCAUGUCUAUAGUAUCUGAGGGGAGAGUGUCAAAGGGAUGGAGGGAUCCAGGCUCUUCUCUCUAGUGCUGUGCACCAGGACAAGAGGCGACGGGCAGAAACUGAUGCACAGGAAGUUCCAUCUGAACAUGAAUAACAACUUUACUGUGCAGGUGACCGAGCACUGGAACAGCCCAGAGAGGCUGUGGAGUCUCCCGCGUUGGAGAUACUCUGUUGUAAGUGUCUGGAUGCAAUCCCGUGCAAUGUGCUCUGGGACCCUGCUUGAGCACAGAUCACCUACUGUGAUCCUUUCCAGCCUCGCCCAUUCUGUGAUUCCCUUAAUUCCGUCUGAAUUACUUGAGACAAUCAUGAUUUCUCCUGCUCUGGCUGAGAGUGUUUGCUACUUCCUUUAUUAUUUCUGCCGCAGAAGGAGCUGUUGGUAGGAGAUUGUGGGGACAGUGUCGCUCUGGUUCCGCCCAGUGCGGAAGCUGAGGGGAGUUACUCGAUUUCCAUGGCCUAUCCUCGGCCUGACGGGCAGGAUGGGGCGGGCCAGGCUUCCCGCGCCCGGCACCGCCCUCAGGGCGCCCGCGCGCGGACAUGGCGGCGCCCGCCUACCCCGCCUGGGUGACGCGCUGGGUGUCGGGGCAGUGGCGGAACAAGAAGCGGCCCCCGACGCUCCGCCCGCCCCGGACACUGGCGCUGGCCGACAAGGUGGCGAACCGCCGGGAGCAGUCGACAGAGGCAACGUGCAUUACGGAGAUGUCAGUCAUGAUGGCCUGCUGGAAACGGAAUGACUUCAACGAUGCGCCUUGUGCCGAGGAGAUCAGGACGUUCUAUGACUGCGUGGCCAAGGCAGAAAAAGAGCGCAAGAAUCAAAAUGAGGACACCCUGUCAUCCAGGGGAAAUUUGCCUUCAAGCAAAGUGAACAAGCUCCUGAAGAGGUUUCCUCAGAUCACACGUUAUGUAUAAUGUACUUUAUGAAAGAGACUGUGGACAAGCAAUUAAAGUUGGGGUCUUGGUUAAAAAAAAGGAAAGUCAAGUCGAGUGAUUUUUUUGAUGUCAAGUGGUGUGUGGGUCUUGACCCUGCUUUUGAUUCCAGAGCAAAAACCAUCCAUCUUGAGUAUCAGCUGAUUUUGUUCAUGAGGCUCUUGGGUCUUGUAGUGUUAGGAUUUCUGCAGUGUGUUUUUCAGCUUGCCUACUCAGGUCCUCACUGUUAAAUAAAACCUUCUAGGCAUUCAUGCAAGUGCAUUUUGUAACAGGACAUGACUUCUUCAUGUGCAAGCUUCUUGCCCAGCUCUGGAGCUGCUAUCAAAAUGUGCUUGGGUUCAAACACUGAGCCAAGUUAGAAUUAGUAAUGAUAUGAUAUUAAUGAUAGUAGUAAUUGAUGGUAUGAUGGCUCAUGCUCUUCUUACAUGGGUGUAUACACAAUCUGGUGCCUCUUGAAAUUUUUAAAAUUUCCACUGCUGUAAAAAAAAAGGCUGUAAAAUUUAGAAAAAAUCUCCAGCAAAAUACCUUGUUCAUACAUAAUACAAUGGUAAGUAUUAAAUAUAACUUUAACAUGGAAGUUUGUGAUUUAGACCCUCUGAUUUGCAGGUGGGACAGGUAUGGUGCCACAUAAGUUUGAUUAUUUUGUCUGUACUGUAAUAAAGCAAGACUGGUGUUUGA